UCUGUACAAUAGUUCGAUUUUAUUUUGCAUAGUUAGUACUAAACAAAAACAAAACUAAAAGUCAAAAUGAACAAGAUUUUAUUAUUAGGAUUCUUCCUAUUCAGCAUAAUGACUUGUAAUGGAGACGCUGGCUUUUCGUUCGGAGGCAAUCUUGCUGCUUCAUUUGGUGGUGGUUCGAGUGGUUCUGCUGGAGGUGGUGGAGGUGGUGAAGUUGGUGGAGGUGGUGGUGCGGUUGGUUCUUCUGGAGGUGGUGCUGCUGGUUCUCUUGGUGGUAAUGGAGAUGCUGGCUCAACAUAUGGAGGUGGUGCUGCUGGUUCAUAUGGCGGUGGUGCGGCUGGUUCUACUGGAGAUGCUUCAGCUCAGGGAGACGCGCAACUAGGUGUUGUCGCUGAAGCCAGUGCCAGUGCCAGUGCCAGUGCCUCAGUUGCACGCUGAUCCACAUUGAAUCGAAAUUUGUUCAUUGUUUUAUUAUGUCUGUAUAUACAUUAAUUAUUUGAACACAACAGCAAAUUAAUUAAUAAAUUUUUUUAUAACUCUCAUUAA